GGCGGUCACUUCAGUUGUUUACUUUUUUACUUUGCGUGCAGCGGAAAACCGGGCCGAAUUGAACUGCUCGAAUUUUUUUUUUAUUAUUUUUUUUCGCCACUCUUGCCGCCGCAUUUUGCCGCAAAUUGGUGUAAAUAGAAGAGAGGAAGCGAUUGUAAUGAAAGCGCGCGGUUUUUUCAGUGUGUGAAAAUGUAUCGAAAAUGAAAGAAGUGAAGAAGGCGCAAAGAGAGCUGCUAAAGAAGUGCGUGCCGAAAAAAGAGAGCGGCGAAAAGUGCCAAAAAUAAAACAACAAAAUAGAAACCAAAAGAAAAAUAAAUUAAAACAGGCUGCAGAGAAAGGCGAUCGAAAGGAAAAGAACGAACGAAGAGUGAGAGAGGCGAAAGCAACAGCAACAAGUGGGCGAAGAUGUGCAAAUGACAAAUUGGGCAAAACUCCGACUCCUGUUUCCCUCGCUCUCUCUCACGCACUCCCUCGCGCUCACGCACACUCGCACGCAUAUCCCCGUCAUUGGCCAUCUCGCUCGCACGCGUUGAAAACGAGAACGGGAACAGGAACAGGAAUUGGGAACAGCCGACGGUCAAGUUCAAGUGGGAACGGAAACGGAAGGCGCAAGGAAAACAUGCGGAGGCCCUUUACAGCUUUGAAUCGCAAUCACUACUUCGUCAUCGGCCUGCUCCUGGGCCUCCUGCUCAGCUGGCACAUUCCGGAGGACAUCUGGGAGGAGGAGUGUCCCGAGGAGGCCGCCGAGAAUCUGCUAAUCGAGCGAUUUGGCCAGGAGUUCGAGCCCCACUUGAACCUGAUCAACAAGCCGCUGGCGGCCAAGAAGCCGGUGAAAAAUGUGAUUCGACCGCGAUACUACUCCUCAGAGUUGGGUAUACGGGAGAAGCUCUUCAUCGGGGUGAUGACCUCGCAGGAGCACAUCAACACCUUUGCGACGGCCUUCAACCGCACCACCGCCCACCUGGUGAACAAGAUCAAGUUCUUCAUUUAUGCGGACAGUGUAAAGACCAACUACAAGCUGAAGAACAUCGUGGGAUUUACGGACACGCGGGAGAGUCGCCGGCCAUUCCACGUGGUCAAGUAUAUUGCGGACAACUAUCUGGAUGAGUACGAUUAUUUCCUGUUGGUGCCCGAUACCGUCUACGUGGAUGCGCGUAAGCUGGUGAAGUUGCUCUAUCACAUGAGCAUCACCUUUGACCUGUACAUGGGUGGCGCACGCAUCGGCCUGGAUCCUUCGGGUGGCGGUGCCUCCGCCGAUGGCCAGUCGAAUGAACCGCCGGCGAACGAGGAGGAGGCACCCGGAGCCAGUGAUCGCAACUAUUGCUCCUUGGAGGCGGGCAUUCUGCUCAGCAGCAGCGUCAUACGCAAGAUGCGCAACAAUCUGGAGCGCUGCGUCCGGAUCGGAAGCACCAGUGACCAUAGUGUCAACAUCGGGCGGUGCGUCAAGUACGCCAGUCGGGUGGCCGGAUGCCAGGAGAGCUUUCAGGGCAUGCGGCAAUUUAGCUACGCCUUGGAUGCGCCGGGUCGUCGUCAUCGCGAAUUCAGCGAAUUGGCCAAAGAGGAGGCCUUCCGCAAUGCCAGCACCGUGUAUCCCGUCCAGACGCCGGAGGACUUCUACCGAUUGCAUGCCUACUACUCCAAGCACCAUCUGGAGAAGGUGCAGGAGCGGGGCUAUGCUCUAGAGCAGAAAUCGUACCGGAUUGCCAAUGGGAGUAUAUCGAACAAGAUUCUCGAGAUCCGGUGGCCAUUGGGCGUGCCGCCACCUAGUGCGCCGGAGACGCGUCACGACAUCCUCACGUGGCAGCUGCUCAAUGGGACGCACAACUUUCUGCCCAAUGGCAAUGCGGAGCAUGCGGUGGCAACGCUGUCGCGGAUCGAGGCACAGGACUUUGCCAAAGUCCUGGAGAUAGCACUACAGUAUGCCGCACUUAAGCAUCCGCGCCUGAGCUACCACAGUCUGCACAGUGCCUAUCGGAAGUUCGAUGCCACACGCGGCAUGGACUACCAGCUGCAUCUCAAUCUGCAGGAGGGAUCGGGUCGCAGUCGCCGGCUCGUGAUCAAGAGCUUCGAGGUGGUUAAGCCACUGGGUCGCGUGGAGGUGGUGCCCUCGCCCUACGUCACCGAGAGCACAAGAAUUGCCAUGUUGGUGCCCGCCUUUGAGCACCAGGUGCCGGAUGCUCUGCUGUUUGUGGAACAGUACGAAAGGAUUUGUAUGCAAAAUCAGGACAACACAUUCCUGUUGCUGAUCUUCAUGUACCGACUGGAGUCGCCCAGCAAGGGCGACGAGGAUCCCUUCAAAGCACUGAAGACACUGGCCCUUGACUUGUCAUCUAAGUACAAGACCGAUGGCUCUCGGAUCGCCUGGGUGUCCAUCCGGCUGCCGGAGCAGCUGAGCGAACCGGUGGAUCCGCAGAGCUGGCUGCUGCACGCCUCCAUGUAUGGACCACGCCAGCUUCUCAGUCUGGUGGUUGCGGAUCUGGCACUGCCCAAACUGGGCCUCGAAUCCCUCGUGCUGCUGGCCACGCCAGGCAUGGUCUUCAAGGCGGACUUUCUGAAUCGCGUGCGCAUGAACACGAUACAGGGCUUCCAGGUGUACGCACCAAUCGGCUUCCAGAUGUACCCAUGCCGCUGGGCGCAUUUCUGCCGUGAGUGCGACACCUGCGACGUGAGCCAGAGCAGCGGUUACUUCGAUCGCCAUAACCACGACGUGAUCGCUUUCUAUAGUCGGGAUUAUGUCCAGGCUCGCAAGCUCUUACAUCCGCAGGGACUGCCGAUCAUACGCAGCGACCUGGACAUCGACCAGCUGCUGCUGCAGCCUGGCGAGGAGACGCGACCACCGGGCGUGGAAAGCAUUCUCGAUAUGUUCGUGGCGGCACAGCACUCGGUGCAUAUACUGCGCGGAGUGGAACCGAAUUUGCGCUUCGGCCAGGAUGUGCGGAAUCACUUGGCACGCGGAGGAACGCUGCCGCAGAGCGUGCCGGAACGCUGCGGUCGGGAGCAGUGCAUCCACCUGGCGUCGCGCAAGCAGAUCGGCGACGCCAUAAUACGCUACGAGGACAAAAGUAUUCUACACAAAUAGUUGGGAUCCGAAGGCUCCUUUCCAGCUCCAGCUCCAGCUCCUGCCUGUAAUAUCAUCAGUUCCUUUUUAAGAUAUUCCCAUUGUGUACAUGACCGUGUGAUUGAUUGAGCUGAACGAAUGAAUGUGAUCCCUGUGUGCGUGUGUGUGUGUGUGUGUGUGCAUGCCAACUCUUAUACUCGCAUCCAAGGCUUAAAUUAAAUCCUAUUCAUAAAUGAAAUGAUGGUGGGACUGGGACCCAAGUAUAAGACCAGCAGUGGACCUAUCUCAAUCCGAACUUAGUGUUUUGGGCCUAGGCGAUUCCCGUUGUUGCUUGCUUUAAAGUGAAACUUUCAAUGCUCAAAAAUGGUAGACACAGCAAUUAGUUAGUUGGUUAGUUAGUUAUUAACGUAGCGUAGUUUUAGCUGCCAAAACUCGUAGGACAAAUGUGGGACACUUGUUGUUCGAGCCAUUCAACAGACAUUCGAUUUUCGCAUGUAAAUACUUAGCAUACGCCACAUAUCUCUAUUAACGAUUCCUAAUAAGUUACGCAGGCAGCAUUGCACCAUUGACUCCUAUUUAAACGACUAGUUAAGCUAAGUGUUAUACAACUAAACUAAUCUAAGUGAAACGAACGAUUUGGCUGUACGACAAAUAACCAGAUGCCGCCUUGCCUCAAAGUGUUACAAUCCCUGUAUAAAUGGGCUCUCUCAAAGACGGUGUGCCAAAAAAAAAAACAAAAAACAAAAAGGAAUUACUGUUAAAAAACUGGUCUAAAUCGGGGAGUGCUUACUUUGACCGUGUUCCUCUUUAAAAGUUAGAGCUUAAGUCUUAGCAUCGGCUGCCUGAAAACAUAAACCAUAAUUCUAUCGAAACUUUGCCUACAAAAUAACAAUCCAAAAGUAUUGCUAGCUAUCAGGGCUUUUGUGGCAAUGAAAAAGCCCAUUGUAAAUAAAAAAAAAUAUAUAUAUUGUUUAAGUGCUUGCCAGUUUCAUUUAGCCGAUGUCCAUUGUUAGUGUAUCCAUGUUAUCCAUUUGAUCAUUUUGCCAGCACAUCAGUUUUAGCAUCGAAUAAGAAGUCUGCCAGUCAAAUUCUUAUCAUUACGAUUUACGAGGGGAAAUCCGAUUAAUUUAUUACAAAAUUUAUUAGAUAUAUGUACACUCGUCAGGGGUUAUACCUCUAUCCAAACUUUUUAUACAUUUAGUCAUAGUGUACAACUACUGUAUGUGUACUGCUUACGUGUAGGAAUUGUUGUUAUUGCAGAAUAAAAC